GUCAGGUUAGUACUACGCGAGACACCACGCGAGCACUACGUUCUCCAUCGUAUUCCGUUAAAAUUUACAGCAUUUAUCCUCGUCGAAUGAGUUGUACCAUCGAGUGAUUUGUUUAUUUACCGUGGCACAUAGUCAUCAUUGAGUGUGAGUGAAUUUUUUAGCCCCUCAUUUUCCCUGAGGGGGUCCAAGGGGAGGGAAAAAUAGUCCUUUUUCUCUCAGCAUUUUCGAUAUCCCUCCGCGAUUUAUGAGUCGUCUCGCGUCUCCUCCGGACUCCAACGACAAAACCCAACGAUUUUCCCUAAUUUAUCGUGAACGUGCCCUUCCAGACACCAAAUUAACGGAUCAGUGUACCCUGGAAGACUUCGUGACACUUCAGGAUUAUUUAGUGAACGCUGAAUUUAGUGUUGUGAGAGACAUGUGAGACGAGGCGUUCUUGGAAUUUACAGACAUCUGUGCUUUGUGUUUUGAGGUGGGGGGCGAUUGUUUACAUUCACAGCUAAAGUUGGUUUUAGUGUUACCGAGAAGUGGAUAUAUAUUUUUUUUUUUUUCGGGUCUUUCGGGAAUGGGGAGUUGGUGAUAACGGGAGGGGUUGGGAUUGUGGUGGUGACGUGAAGAUCAGAUAUUGUUUUCAUAAUUUUUUUGUUGAUUUUCAUCAGAAAUUCUGGUAGUGUCGAUGACCUGUUGGUUCGCCAUUUUUUUUGGACAUCCGGAGAUUUUUCGGCCACUUGACGUAUCCAACAUUACAUACAUAUCACCGGUCCUGUUAAUAGACACAAUCAGAUGAUACGUGUGGAUGGUAAACCGUGUUAUCGGUGUCACUUCAUGAGUUUAUCGUGUGCUCAUUGGCAUAUCGACUCGUCAUAACGAUCGAUCGAUCCUUCUUCGUGUUUGAUUUUAUCAUUGGGGGUAAUUAACGUCCGGAUUACAACAGACUGUAAUUAAGAACUUACGUUCGGGCUUUUGUUGAAUACGUUUGAGUUAUUGUUUAAACGUGCAAAAAUAAAUACGGACAGUCGACGAUUUACUGGCAAAUUGUGUACGCCGAGGCUCGACACCAUGGAUUACCGACUUUUCUCGAAUAACAACAAUAAUUAUCCCACGCAUCACCAUUGGUUUCCAAAAAUGUGCGCCUGUUUGGAGGGUGGCGCCCUGGGAUCCGUCAGUUUUUCGUCUGGCCAAUCGAAAAACUACAAACGACUCGCCUCUGGGCCCUCCCUGCUCGAUCUCGACGAGUUGAUGAGACUUAGAAAAGCCCAACUUCGCCAGAAGGAGAAAAUUGAUGACGAGAAACAGGCUGAGAUCACAUUCUACAAUAGCGAUUUGACGUCGAGGAGGAUAGUCGUUGAGAAGAAUUUACGUACAAUGGAUCUUUGUGAAUUGCUCAAGGUGAAGAAUCGAGUCAGUGGAGUGGAGUGGUCGAUUGUGGAAACCUGGACGGAACUUGGAAUUGAACGAACAUUGGAAGAUCAUGAGGAUAUACUCGGAGUUUACAAGGAAAUGGAACUUUUUGCUUCUCAUCAUGAAAGAAAAUUCUACUUCCAAAGAGAUUACGAAAAAUACGAGUUAUUUAUUAAUCCAAAGCUAUUUUUUCCACCCGAUAUGGUAGAAAUACCCAACAUCGAGGAGAGACAUUUCAUGGACAGCUUCGAGAGUAAACUCAAAGAUUAUAUCAUGCGAAAUGAUAAAACGUGUCCGGUUGUGUUCAGUGCUGUCUGGCUGAAGAGUGGCAAUUCCCAUGUUUGGAAGAAAAUUUACAUGAUGCUUCAGGAUAGAAAAUUGUACAUCGCCAAAAAGCCUCACAACGUCGCAGCUUUAAGGCGUUCAACGGAUAGCGAUCAGCCGGUGCCAUUUGCUCAUCUGUCCGAUUACCACGUGUACAAGAUUCCGAACGCAAAGAAGUACUUUCACGCGCCCUUCGAGUGGGGCGCCUGUCUGAGGCCCUCCAGCAACGCUGAAGCCGAAGACACAGAGGCCGGGGUGCCAGGCCUCAAGGUCAUAACAUUUAACAGUGAAAAGUCACGCACCUGCUGGCUGACAGCCAUGAGGUUCGCUAAGUAUGGUAAACAACUGAGGGAGAAUUAUCGGGCGUUCAAGAAUAAACAGUGCGACCAGGCCGAUGUCAGCAGCCCCAACGAUCACUACAGAACUUACGAUGUCUCAAGUGAAUCAUACAGAUCCAGGGUGGCAAUGGACUUCACUGGUAGUGUGGGUCGAAUUGUGGAUGAUCCUAAGGAAGCGAGGGACAUUGCCGAGAAUGAGGGACUGAUGUGGAGACGGAGAUGGCGUCCUUUCUCCAGGUCACCCCCUGGUUGUUCUGUCUCGAGAAAACCCCCUCUCGAAGAUGGUAUCCACGUCCUGAAGCCCUGGUUCCACAGGGAAGUCAACAGAGACACCGCGGCGAGUCUCAUUCGAGAAAAUGGCAGCAUCGAUGGGGUUUUCCUCGUGAGAGAGAGCAAGAGCCAUCCAGGUGCUUUCGUCCUGACUUAUAAAUAUGGAGAUAAAAUUCUUCAUGCACAAAUACAACCUACGAUGGACGAAAGUGGCCGCAAUUUCCUGUACACCCUGGACAAGGGUGUGACAAAAUUCUACGAUCUCAUUCAGCUCGUUGACUUCUACAAACUGAACGCAGGCUCCCUUCCAACGAGACUGACGCACUACGUCAGCAAUAGUGUGGCGAGAGCACGUGAAAUGAGCUGUGCUGCACUAGCAUCAUCACUAUCAGCAGCACCAUCACCAUCGUCAACAAAAUCGACCUACAGUCCACGUAAAAUUGAUAGUAAAACAUCGAGAAGUUGAGUAUAGGAGUCCCAGCAGUCCGCUGGUGUCACAAAACGCUUCACAACUGUCAGUUCUAUGAAUGUCGAUGAAAUUGUUAUUGUUGACAGUGUUGAUGAUGACAAAGUUUAUGUUAAUGACAGUUGUGUACGAUCGGCACCAUCAGGCUGCUGGACGAUGUUCCGAAGCAGCUGCGACGAGUGGGACACGUAGUGAUCAUUAAUUUAAUCAUUGGGACAUGAAAAAUUUUAGAGCAUCAGUUGUGGACCGAAAUUUUAUUAUUUUGUCAUUAAAAAAAUGGUUAUGUGCCAUCUAUAUUCACCAGACAACAAUUCAUGUGGAUUGUUCUUCGUACAAAAUGAUUUUUGUCAAUACAAACACGUACGAACAUAUUUCAUCUAAAAAACUGGCGAAUUCGUAAUAAAUUUCUGUUGAAUUCUCUCAUUUUUUUUAAACAAAAAGGGGAAGAAGUGCAGGAAAAAAGGGAGAAUUCACUGGGGAAUUUUUUCAUAGGAUUUCCAUCUCAUUUGCCAGUUUGGGAAUUUCACUGAAUGAUUGUUUGUUAAUGCAAACGGUAGCGAUGAUGUCACACCAAAAAGACGCGAAUUCGCGACAAAAUUCUGUUGAAUUCUCUCAUUUUUUAAAUAAAAAUAGGAAGAAGCGCAGGAAAAAAGGGAGAAUUCACUGAGGAAUUCUUCAAUAGAAUGUCCGUCUAAUUCGUUAUUUCUGCAAUUUUUCGUGCGAAUACUCUCAGGUGCAUGUCCACGAGUUCACUUUAAAAAUCCGAGGGAUUUUUCCUGUUUAAAUAACAUGCCUUGAAUAAAAAAAAAUUACAAGCUUCAGUAGUCGAGGUUCACCUCCAAUCUGGUGCGUUGGGGUCCUUUAUACCCCGACAGAAAGCGAUGUAUAAAAAACUAUAUUAGAUGAGAUGAAAAAAAAAACGUGUCUUUUCCAUUUUCUACGUGUCGUGCAUAUAAUCUUUAGACUUUUGAAACGAGUUUUUGAGGGGUUGCAAUAGUUCAGGGGGAGGGAGGGAAGUAUGAGAGGGUGUGACUGACCAAUUUCGGCCGAGUGUACACGUAAAAUCAUUUCAUAUUUCACCAUUUUCCUCAGCUCUUUUGUCUCGGUCGAUUGAUAAAGUUCUUCAUCAAUCGAAUACCGAAAUUUUUUGUCGAUAAUUUUUUCCCCUUUUGCCCCUCAUUUUUAAAAAUUCGUCCCCACAUUGACUGGAGUAUUAACAAAUAGUUGUGAGGGUGGUUUAGCGUCAGAAGUUGGAUUUUUUUAAUUUUUACGAAGGGAUGUGCCACAGAGGAUCGUCCAAGUGAUGAAUAAGUGAUGAAAUUAAUUGGCAAGAGAGUGAAAUAAAAAUAUUCAUCGCUGUCACUGAAGGGAUAUUUACAAUAAACAAUCGAUUCAUCUUACGAGGCUAUCGAUUUAUCUCAUCGAGCGAGGGAGAUAGUAUAUCCCUCGCUGAAUUGAUAGUACCACAAAAAUCGACUGAAAAUGUUGAGUAAUCGAGGCGGAAAUUAAUGAAAAAAAUUUAGGAUCUAAGAUAUUUUUUUAUUUUUAUUGGCGUAAAAAAAAAAUUUGAGGCAAUGAAAAAACGUAUGAAUUUAGUAUUGCAUAGUUUAAAUCGACUCUUCGAUCUGCUGAUCUCAUAGCUUCGAGAUGUUCACGGUAACGCGAUUGAUCUGUUCAUUUUUCUCUCGUGUUAAGGGGUUGGUGAAUGCAGGAAGGGGGAGGAAUAUUGCAAAUGAGUUAAAUUUGUUUAAAGGAGAUAAUUAAAGAUGAUAGAUGAGAGGAAAAAAAUGAGAGAGAAAGAUUGAUUACCGAAUUCAUUAAUUGAUUGUGGUCAGGGGGAGGCGGGAGCACCUCGAGGGGGUGGCGUUGAGUUUUGGCUGUCUAGGUAGAAUAUUCGAAAUUAAAUUUAUUUCAAUUAGGCUAAAUAAUUGAUCACCAAUCAACGUUCAAGGGAAAGUGGUGGACAAUGCUGUAGUUAUUUGUGGAUAACAAUUUUCCCCCGAAUGAAAAUUAUAAUAAUUUUGAACGUUUUGAGGUGUUCGAGAGAUGUGUGAGAGUGAACUAAAACGAUAAACUGAACAGUUGUUUCAGAAAAUAAACAAAAAAAUUAAAAUAACUUAUGCAAUGUAUUAAUGUAACUCAUCGAAAAUGAAAAAAAACCCUAGUUCUAUCGAUACAUUAAUAAUAUAUUUUUUCAUGAAUUAUUUAUUUGCCUUUUGUCAUUGUAAGAUGACAGAAGUCGUUGGAUAAUUUUUUUUCCUCAAAUCAAGCGCUAAUGACUUCUUCAUUAAUGACGAUAAAAUUAUUUAAAAAACCAGCACUUUGUAUUAGACAUUAAGAUUAGGGCUUUCCCUUAGCGAUGAAAAAUAAAACCCGACAUUAGAGUAAUCAAUAAACAAAAAACAAUUUUGUAAAAUGAGCGUAAAAAAUGUUCAUUGGAAUUAUUCACCUCUGGCCACUGCAUUUUCCUGUUAUUGUUGUAAAUACAAUACAAAAAUUCCCUUUUGAUGAAUCAAUUUGUUGAUAAAUUAAAUGUCAUUCAAUGAAAUUUGGCCUUUCGUGUAAAUAUGUCUAUUUAGGCCAAUCCUUGUAGACCAUAAAUCACUCCAACGAUUUGGAAAUAUUGACCCUACGACAAUUUUGAUUAUCAGUGUUGAAUGGCGGUCGUUCAACAUUGAAUUUUCAAGUUGUGGAUCAUUCAAAAAUAAUUACGCAGCAAAAAUGUUUUUAAUUCAUGCGAAUUAAUCGUGGAAAUGCAGUGGGCAGACAAUUUAAUCCCGAAUUAAUACUAAUUAAAUAUUAUUGUCGAAAAAAAAUUUAUUAAUGAGAUAAAAUGAAAAAAAAAAUUAAAUAAAGUAAAUAGAGUAUAUUUUGUAUUAAUCAUAGAGCCGAAUUAAACGGCAAACGCAGAGGUCUGGAUAAGACUGAAAUUUAGGUGCCGUGUUUUCUGAAAAUUAUGACUGUGACUGUCAAGAAAUCAAAAAAAAGGCAAAUUUGAGAUUGAAAAAAAAAUGUCUACGUCCCCUAACACUCAGCGUGGAUUAAUUAAUUCAAUUAAUACAAUAAUUAAUUCACCUGAUGAAUGAAUUAAUUAUUUAGUUACUAAAUUAGUUAAGUCAAUUGUUAGGAGACGAAGAUCUAGUUUUAAAUAAUUUUCUAUUUAAAAAAAACUAAGAACAUGACAAUUAAGGAUUUCUUGAUGGACACAAUGUUCACUUUAGAAUUAAUCAGCGGAAUAAAAUGGAGUAAAAAUUGAGAAAGCGAAUGAGUGAAGUAAAUUAAUUAUUCAAUGGAGUAUUCAGAAGGAGCGAGACAUUUUCAGGGAAUCCCCAGUCCCAACUAAAUAGUUGUGAAUACUCCAUCGUUUGAUCGUCGAUCAAACGUUUGAUGCUCAAAAUUUUAAGAAAAAUGAGAAAAUAAAAAACGUUUAAUGUUCAAUAAAUUUCACGGACGUCUCUGCGCUUGACGUCAUUAAUAUCGGUACAUACGUGCAAAGCAUGAUGAAUUAAGCAAAAAGACGUGUGAUAAAGAGUAGAUACGGUUCGUGAACGGUGGCUAAUGUGCCCCAACGAACUUUUUUUCGCUUCCGUUCUAGCGCCGGCCAGUAUAUUGACUCCUUUAACGAAUUUAAAUACAAAUGAAAAUAAAUCCGUUGAAACGAUAUCUCAUCUGAACAUUUAUCCACUUUGCCAAAAUCACGCACUGUACUUAUUCAUAUUUUUAAUUACAUUUCAGUGUUUUAAUUACAGUACGAUAAUCCAAACUUUCAUUAAUAUUUCGUAACGCAUAUAUUUUUUUUAUGUUAAUCCCGUUUCAGUUGGAGACUGAUGAUAACAGAUGAAGAGAAAAUUCUACAGGAAAUUUUAGGGAUAUUUUGUAACUGCAGGACUUUUUUUUAUUAAGAAGUCUGUGGAAUCAACAUUUUUACUGUAUGGAAUAUCCAAAGGUUUUGCAGAAAAAAGACAGGAAAUUUGGGAGGAAGUUCCUCGGUUAUGAAUUUUGAGGAUUUUGUAGGGGAAAUACUGUAGAAUCUUCUUGAUUAGUUCUUCGUAAAGUAACAAAAUUAUCUCCCCAAUGAUUUUGAAUAUAAUUCUAUGAUACGAUGAGGAAGAAAGUUCUGUGUAAAAGCGUUAAAUCCGCAGAAUUAUUCUAUUCCGCAUGAAAAUUUAUAGAAAAACUGAGGAUCGGCUAAAAAAUUCUGUUACAUCUCAAUUGAAAUGGAUAAACAUUUCUAUUGAAGCACAACAUUAAAGUGCUCCUAUUUCCAUAAUAUAAUAAUUAGUUAAGAGACCUACUUUUACAAAUUCGAUUUUUUUUUAAACAAUAAUUUUUAUAGAUAAGACAUUGUCCACACGAAAAAUCAAUCUCAAAUAUUUUAUCUUUUUGUUUCACGUUUAAUUUUCAAUAAAAAAAAAUUCAAAAAAUGCGUCGAGGACUUGUCAUAGAAAAUGUUUCGAUAGAAAAAGUUUUGCAAAAAGCUAAAAUGCAAAUUAAUAAUUAAAUUUCCGCCGAUUUUUUCAUAAAAUUCAAGUACGAAUUUUUCAUCCCAAAUAUUUCAAGUUUUAGUUUCAUUUUUCAAUAAAAAAAACCUCAGAAAAUUUAUCGUGGAUUAUUCAUGAAAAAUAUUUCAAUAAAAUCUAAAGUGUCAGUAAUAAUAGAAAUACACUGAUUAAAAAAAAAGAGUAAUAAAAAAUUUUUCAUGAUUAGUCCACCCCAAUCUUCGCUUCAUUUUUUCUAUAAAUUUUUUCAUGCGUGACCCCUCGAAGCGACAAAAAAAUUAAUUUUCUUAAAUCCAAGUGCGACUCAAGACUGAGAGCGUCACGUGCGCGUUCGCACCGAAGUUAAUUUAACUUGUAUUUUAAUUCUAGAGACUAGAAGAAAAACUUAACAAAUACAUCAGUAUUAAAACCAUCGUCAGUAAAAUUCUGAUAAUCGACUUACGGCAAGUCGUACCAACAGUGUUUUAUACAUAUUUCCAUGCGUGCUUGAUAGGCGAAUUUCAACUCUUCAAGAAAAAUAAAUAAAUAAAUUAACCAAAUCUCGAGAAGAGAAAAUAAACGCAAAAACCAUAACUUACAGGGUGUCUACGAUAGACUAAGUUUCCCCGAUUGGUAAACCCAACAGAUAAAAAAAUAAAUAAAUAAAAACCACUUGAAUCCUCUUCUCAACUGAAGAAAACGCACAAAAACACUUGAUGUUGCAUCAUUAGCGAUUUUAUAAUUUAAAAAAAAAGAUAAUGCAAAUUCAUUCACUUGAUUUUGAUAUUGAACAGUGAGAGAAAUCACAAUUAAUUUCUUGUUCAUAUUCCACGUGUCUCACUGUUCAUCAUCAUAACUAAAUAAAUCUAAUGAUAAUAACAAACCGAAAAAAUAAUAUUUAAUAAUAGUGACUAAUUAUUACAAACUGUCUACCAAAUAAAAUUGAAUAAACUAAUGAAUUAAAAAUUGUACACAUUGUUUGCGCUGGAAUAUUGACGAUCAAUAAUAUUAAAAUUUCCAAUUGUAAACCUUGAACAGAGCAGAUUUUAAUGUAUAAAAAAAUAAACAAAAUGGUAUAAGUAUUCACGAUUGUGUGGGUUUUAACGAUAAUUACGUCGUGAAUAAUAAAGCCCUCGUGUACAUAAUAAUUAAAAGCUCGUCCCAUAAUUUGCUGGAGGAUUAACCGAUGAAAUAUAAUGUAUAUGUGUAAAUUAAACCCUAAGUGGGCUCACAAUGAUUACCCCCUUAAAUAACUUCAAAUUUAUUGAAUGAAGGUAUGAACUUUCACCCAAGAAAUAUAUAUUUAAUAUGAAUGAAACGAAGUUAAGUGGAUUGUAACGCAAUUUAAAUUAAUUAACAACAACUUAACAGAUACUUCUGACAAUUGGCUCCUAGGCAGGACGAAACUUUGCGACAUAUCCCCCGAUUAUGAGGAACGACUGGUUAUUAUUGAAUAUUUUGUUUUUUUUAGUUUCACUGGAUGAAUUUUAGUUCUGUAGAAAUGUCAAAUAAAUCUGUAAUCUGCAAUAAACGUGAGCACCUGUAGCGCCGCAAUAUGUGAAGAUCAUUGUUAUAUCUUUGUAUGGACCUUUAAUACACAAUGAAUGAAUAAAUAUAUAUGUAUAUCAA